AUGUCGGAGCUCAUUCCAAUCACUACACCCCUGCGAGAGUUCAAAGGCCAUGAAAAUCAAGUAAAUGUAGUCACAGUGUUCCCCAACAAAAAACGCAUGGUUACAGGCUCGCAUGACAAGACGCUUCGUCUGUGGGACCUGAAGACAGGUAUCUUGUUGAAGAAGAUGGAAGGGCAUUGCGGUCGGGUGUUGAGCUUAGCAGUAUCGCGAGAUGGGCAAUUGAUAGCGAGCGGUGAUACAGACUCAGUGCUCAUCGUCUGGCACGGAGCAACUGGCGAAGCACUCACCCAACCCAUUGAAGUCCACUCCAAUUGGAUCAACUCGCUGGAUUUUUCUCCUGACAGAACAGUGCUGGCCAUAAGUUGUUCAUGGGACAACACGACGAAGCUAUGGAACACCAAAACCUGGGAGCAACAGGGAGAUCCAAUAAUGUGUGGUAGAACGGUCAACUGCAUACAGUAUUCACCGUCUGGAAAACGUCUUGCCGUCGCAACCAACGACAAUAUCGAAAUUUACAAUCCAGACACGACGCCGGGACACGUCGCAUUCUUCAAGGCCCACACAUCAUGGAACUUGUUCCUCACGUGGACGCCCAAUGGCGCACGCAUUCUCACAGGCGGCGAUAAUCUCGAUCCUACCAUACGCGAGUGGGAUACAACAACCUGGAAACAAGUCGGUGAUCCUUGGACUGGUCACACUCGCUACAUCCGUUCUAUCGCCGUUAAUCCUACUGGCACACUCGUCGUAUCAUCAUCUUAUGACAACGAUGUUCGUCUCUGGCAGCUCUCAGACCGACGAACCAUUGCCAUCUUCAAGUACUCAUCCAUCGUUAAUUGUGUCACUUUCUCCGUGAAUGGCAAUUACAUCCUCGGCGGAGGUGAGGAUGGGGUGGUCUCGGAGUGGGCACUACCCCAGGAUAUUAGUUCAAAGGCAUGCAUCACAACAGCCCGCGAGGCAUGCAUGCAUGAGGACUUGUCUACCUCUGAAGAACUAUUCACGCAAGAUAUCAACACCGAUCCGAACUACCAUGCUUCCUACGCCCAUCGCUCAAAGGCAUCCGUCACAACUGCCCGCAUUGCAUGCAUAAAUGGAGAUUUAUUUACUGCCGAAGAAUUACUCACCCAAGAUAUCAACACCGAUCCGAGCAACCAUUCUUCCUACGCCCAUCGCUCGUUUGUUAUGGCCCGAAGACACAACUGGGACCACGCCUUUCGUGAUGCGAUCAAGUCUAUCAGCAUUAAGCCCUCAUUGACAGGCUAUAUCUCCAAGGCCAUCGCCCUCUGCGGACAAGGCCAUGUCCGGAACGCGAGGGCAGCAUUUGAUGUUGCAUCAAUUUACACGGAUCAAAAUCCACAAACCAUUCAUUUCCUGCUUUUGAUCAAAGUCAUCGCCUUCUUCAAUGCAGAUCAAUAUGAUGAGGCAAACCUACUCCUUAAAGAACUUGUUUUUGGUUGUCCGAAUGCCGAUACUCGCGCAUGUCAUAUCGUGGAAGCAUAUCUAUGUGUUCAACUUGGGCUCAAAGCCUUGGAUGAUGCACGCCAUGACGAAGCCGCUGACCAUUUCACUGCUGCUCUCAACUCCGACGCUUUAUCAUCGGAAUCGGACAUUCAUGACAUUUACGAGGAUUUGGUGGUGCUCUUCGGCUGGGAUCUCAAAUCGUUGUGGCGCACUGCACACCAGAAAAAUUGUUAUGCACUCCUUCGGGCAGGUAAACUUCAAGAUGCCGUGAAAUCAUACCGAUACAUGAUGGCUUCCAGUGACGAAAAUACCAAGGCCCACUACCUUGACUGGUCCGAUGGCAAGUUUUUCACGGAAGAAUGCAGCGCGCUCUGUAUUACUGGCGGAGAUGCUGCCCUCGCUGCAGGCAAGUACGACGGGGCUAUUGACCUAUACUCGGCGGCGAUCGACCUGGAUUCUGCAUCCGAUGUCGUCUUUGCAAAUCGCAGCAAGGCGAGGUCGGAGAAAAUGCUAUGGGAGGGUGCGCUUCUCGACGCGCAAAAGGUCACCAAACUCAAUCCUUCGUCUCACGUUGGACACCAGUUGGCACAUACGGCGCUGUGUGGCGCGCAACGUUAUGACGAAGCCAUCGAGGCAUUCACAAUCAUGUUGUCUAAGUUGGACGAUGCUCCCGAAGCGCAGAUACGAAAUCUACGUCAGCAGUAUGUCUGUCCAUCCGAAGCAGAAGACGCUAUUCGAAGCGCGGUUUGGAUUGAACUCGAAAAUGCCCCCCUUCGUCUCCUCAACACCUCUACGGGUCUUUUGUGUGACCGAGCAGCACAGAUAAACUCUUUCAAAAUGAGUCCAGAAUACAACGAUCUUGUCUCAUUUGCAACAAAGGAUUCAAACCUCCGAAUGGAGCGCAUCAAAGACGUAGUGGCGACGUACUUCCGCUGCGUCCUGCUAUCACAUAGGUGGGAAGAGGCGGAGGUACUGCUGGACGACAUUCAGAACAAAGAUUUGCGCGAGUUGAAUGGACUUGGCGGUAUCGCGAAGUUACAGUCAUUCUGCAAAGUCGCUCGUGACGCUGGGUAUCGCUGGGCAUGGAUGGACACCUGCUGUAUUGACAAGAAGAGCAAUACCGAGCUUCAAGAAUCGGUCAACUCCAUGUUCGUCUGGUACCGCCAUUCAGCGCUCACCAUCGUCUACUUAUGUGAUGUCCCUCCUUUAUCCCAGCGCGGUGCACUGGCAAGGAGUGUUUGGAACAAGCGAGGAUGGACCUUUCAAGAAUUCGUCGCUCCGAAAGUUGUCAUCUUUUAUCAGAAAGAUUGGUCAUUAUAUCUUGACGAUCGUUCUCCUAACCACAAAGAGUCCCCUGCAAUCAUGAAGGAGUUGGAGGAUGCGAUGGGCAUAGAUGCACGGGCCCUGGUAACUUUCCGUCCGGGGAUGAGCGAUGCCCGACAGAGACUUCAAUGGGCCUCAUCUCGCAUCACUACAUUGCAAGAAGACAUCGCGUACUCAUUGUUUGGCAUCUUCGGUGUCCACCUACCUGUAAUUUACGGCGAGAAGAAGCAGAACGCGCUUGGGCGACUCCUGCAGGAGAUUGUGGCUCGGUCGGGCGACAUCACUGUCCUAAACUGGAUCGGACAACCUUCUGAGUUCAAUAGCUGUCUUCCAGCCCAUAUUACCUCUUACGCUACUCCUCCAUGCACCCUUCCAUCUUUGUCCGAAGAUCAGAUUCAGACAACUAUCUCUUCGCUGCGAAAAAAUCCCGUGGCUGUGGAUUUGGCUUCUGGACUUUAUGAACGGCUUGAUAACACGAGCGCUGCUCGUUUCGCGAACUGCAGACUACACCUGCCUUGCAUGGCAUUUCGUGUUACAGAAGUCAAUCUGAGCUACGGUUCAUCCCAGGAGACUCGAUAUGAAGUCAAGGCAGAUGGGCUCCAUGACCUGCUGAUCACCACUAAAGAGCCGAUUGUUCAGUUCUCACAAACAAAGCCCACUCAGCAAACCUUCGUGCUUGUCCGUCCCUGGGAUCGGUCUCUCCUCGAACUACCAGACUUUACAGAUUUGCAAGACGAUACAGAAAGCGAAGGGGAAUAUUUGACGCCGCCUUCUUCUCCGUCAGACAACUCACCUGGCCAUUCUCUUGUAAAACAAGAGGUGGACGAUUUAGAAUUGCGAGCAUUUCGGUUACUUGUUCGCCUUGGCCAGCCUUUUGGCGCAUUUUUGCUAGCGCGGCAGCACGGCGGAGAAUACAAGAGGGUCGCGUCAGAUCGUGAUAUCAUUGCACAGGUCGCGGAUGUGGCUUCUGAUCGAGACCUGAUGAACGUCAGGACGAUAGAAAUACUGUAG